UGGAGACAGCAAACGGCGCAUCAACCGAACGCGUCGUUGUUGGUUGGAGCAUCCAAAUCCAAACACAACGCCUUUUGAUAUUUUGGUAUCAAAAAUAUGAGGGAUGAGAUAAACAACUGGCGGAAAAUACUAUAACUUCACAUUUCUCUUAUCUUUCCCUCCCAAAAUAACAAUGGCUUUGCCUCUGCCAUUUGCUAAUUUCACUCUCCAAUACAGUAAGGCCAGUGUUGUUGAGAAUCAGUGCUGUCCUGCUUUAGAUACUACACGACUUCGCAUUCUUUACAACAAGUACACAAGAAAUCGGAGAUUGUCAUCUUAUGGGACCAUAAUCAUUCCAAGGGCAUCGUCAGCUACCAUUGAGGAUGGAAGUUCCAACGACACUGACACUAUUCCAACUCCCAAAGUAAUAAUUGACCAAGACUCUGAUCCAGAUGCAACUUUAGUGGAGAUAACCUUUGGCGAUCGUCUUGGAGCUCUUCUAGAUACUAUGCAUGCGCUUAAAAACCUUGGGCUCAAUGUUGCAAAGGCUAAUGUCUUUUUGGAUUCUUCUGGGAAGCACAAUAAAUUUGCCAUCACUAAAGCUGAUACAGGUAGAAAAGUUGAAGAUCCAGAGCUGCUUGAGGCCAUUCGAUUGACCAUCAUAAACAAUCUGCUAGAGUAUCACCCCGAAUCAAGUUCCCAAUUAGCAAUGGGAGUUGCCUUUGGAGUAAUGCCACCCAAACAACAGGUUGAUGUGGAUAUUGCAACUCACAUAAACAUCUAUGAUGAGAGUCCUCAGCGGAGUUUACUUUAUGUAGAGACAGCCGAUCGCCCUGGAUUGUUGGUGGAUCUUGUGAAGACUAUCACUGAUAUUAAUGUUGCUGUUGAAUCAGGAGAAUUUGACACUGAGGGAUUGUUGGCCAAGGCAAAGUUUCACGUCAGCUACAAGGGUAAAGCCCUCAUUAAGCCUCUCCAACUGGUUCUUGCUAACAGUUUGCGGUAUUUCUUGAGGCGACCAACCACUGAGGACGCAAGUUUUUGAGCCUUUCCAGAGAAUAUAACCAAAUUCUGGAUUUAUGAAUUGUUAAUGAAGGAGUGAAUAUAUUGAAUGUUGUAAUAUUAAUUGCACAUACAACAUUCACUCAUUGGCCUCAAAAAAGUAUUUAUAAUCAUUAUUGCAUCUUAUCUUGUAAUAAAAAUGAUUUGUUGAAUGGAAAAAAAAAAUAUUAGUUUCAUAAUUUUAGUCAAA